UGUAGCUCCCUCUGACAUCAAUUUGUGAAUUAUAUGAACCCAAGCUGCUAUACCUCUAGUAGCCUGGGCAAAUCUUGACAAAAAGUAAAUAGCCUCCAGCAGUAGUGACUGGAUUUGAUACCAGCUGUGUAAAUGGAGUCUUUCACAAUAAUAAAUCAUUAACCUUUUAGUCAGCAAUCAUGCUGUUCCCUGAACGCUCUAAAAGCCAACUCUGGCCAAACAAGAAGCAAAAUAGUCCUGCUAAUAUCAAUGAAAUGCCAUUUUCGGUCUAUAACAUUUUGUUAUGCUGCGCAGCAGGAAAGUUGGAGCGCAUCCUGCUCUCAGGCUAGAUAACACUCGCACUUCCCACUACUGAAUGAGAAGGUGGGAAAUCAAGUGGUGAGAAGACAAAAAGGACACACAGCUCCUCUUUUUGAGACACUACAGUGGACACAAGAUAUUUUCCACCUGGCAAAUCUCUUAAUGGAACAAAUGUGGACUCAUCAGGAGAGGCCAAGCAGGGCAUGGCUUUAAGCAGACUCCUGCUGCUCUGUAUGGUAGCCUCUGAGGUGUGGGAUGCUGAGACCAAACCCAUAGACUUUGUGUGUAAUAGAGCCACCAGGAGGGCUAUGAAUAUUGUGGCAGAAAUGGAGAGUGCACUGAGUGACUGCAAUGGCGUCAUGACCCUCUCCACACCAGUUCCGCUACCAUGCACAGAGCUUCAUGUAGCAUCUUGGGAAAACAAAUCAAACCAGGAGAAGAGGGGAGACAUAGCUGCAUCCUUCAGGCUUCUUAUUGAAGGUGUGAAGGCUGUGAGGGCCCUGAAUCAUCCAGGAUGUGUUGCUUCACUACUGCAGAAAUUGGAGAACAACAUCAACAACUACCUGCUCAUUCUCACACACCUUCAGCUGAGUCAGGGGCCAGUGGUGAGCCCAUCACUGUCUUGUGUACCUCGAAGUUCCCAGAGUCUGAGCACACUCCUGUUGAGAUACAAACAGCUGAUCUCAGGCAAACUGGAGCAGUUCAUGAUUAACCUGGAAGACAGCUGCACUUACCAGUGACUCAAAAACAACUUUAGUGAACCCAUUAUUCUUCACAAAUGGGGAUUCAAUUCAGCUCCACUGGAGCCCCAAGUCAAUGAAGUCCGCCAGUGCAAAACAGCAGGACUAAUCUGGAUUUUCUCCUCACCUUCAAAAUUCUCAUGUGUAAAAAGUCUUCUUUUGUAUACUGUGAUAUGUAUACACACUCUUUAAGGGUAAAAAAGCAGAAAUACACCCAUCUCUGCCAGUCAUGAAGAGGAACUACAUCUGGAUAAGUAAGGAAAAUAAAAGACAUCAAUAUGUAUGCAAUAAUGAGUAUCUUGGAAGAAACAAGCAGUUCUUUGUAUCAUUCAUUAAGCUAAGGAUACUUUGAAUUUGGUUGUAGGUGUGUACAACCGAAACAAACCUGCAAUCUACCAAAAAGCAAGUACCUUCUUUAAUGUAGCUUACAGGCAGCUUCUCCAUGUCUCCACUGUAUGCAGAACUAUCAAAAUCCAAAUGACGGUUUCAUGUUGAGGUUGUUCUCCACCUUGAUCACAUGGCUAGAACCAAAAGGUCAGCUUGGUUGUCUGAAUUCAUGUUUUCAGGCCAAAUUUGUUUUGCUCCUUGUCAGUGGUAGAAAUGUCUCCCAAAGUGGAUAUUAUGCUAAUAGUGCUAGACAGUUACUGCGCAUCAAAUGAAAAAUCAUAUAUAAGUUAUAAAAGACACUGAAGAACAAUGAAGACUGGAAAAUAUUGCUAUACCUUUCUGGUAUAAAUUCAGUGAGCAGGUUUUGCUUAUUCUAAUUGCACUUUUAGCUCUUAUGUCUGUUUACAUUUUUAUUUUAAAGAAUUAUGAUUUGCUAUGAUUUGUGCAUGUUCCUUUGUAUUCCUUUUUUUAUUUUGGGAAAUCCACCUUGGAUUUCUUUGUGAAUAUCUUUAUGUAAAUGCUCAAAUGUUGCAUCUAAGGACAUUUUUGCAACAGUUAUAUCAAUACAAAUACUGUUUAUGUGAUGAUGAUGAUAGAAAACCCUCCCAAUAUAAUAUGCAAUAAACUGUCUGUUAUAUUACA